UGAGAAAUUUGGCAAAAAAUAAACAAGUUCACAACAGAAGGGAAAAACUUCAAUUAAUUCGCUGAAGUCUCAUCCUUUGUGGAAAAGGUUGAUAAAUGAAACUCAGUGAUGUGGAAAAUGAUAAGUUUUAUUUUUCUCUUCCUCUAUUCAGGUGUCAGUGGAGUUGAGUUUGCUUGCGUGACCAGGGAUUUAGAAUCUACAUUUCUCAGUUGUACCUGCACCAAUAAUGUGGACUACUCAGACAGUUUUGAGAGUCUAUCGUCUAAACUAGGUCCUGAUAUUACAAAAUACCAGUUGUCAGGUCGUCCUCCAGAUAGAAGAAUAAGUCAGCUGUUUAUUACUGACUGUACACAAAACCUCAGGCUUGUAUUUGACCUUGACAGAUUAGAUGACCGCUAUUCCAGCAUAACAGAUAUCACUUUUGAGAACAUCAACGAACUAAAACUUGUGUUUGAAAGUGUUCAAGUGGCAGAAAAAACUACAUUUGUAUUUACAGACAUAAAUAAUCUGGAUAUUUCUGGAACUAUUCCAGGGCGAGGCAACAGAAUGAGAUUCUUCUUUAGAGAUCUUAGAAGAGACAGAGCAACAAAUAUUAUCUUUAACAGACUUGACAUUGAAGGAACUGUUCAGCUCUUGAACUUCCAGGAUAUUGCUUCGUUGAGAGUCGUGAACUCACAGAUACAGUUUAUACAAGAGAUAGAUUUCUUCCAUGUUGAUCGAUGUUACAGUUCUAUAUCUGAUGGUAGACCUGUAUCCUGCUCUCAGCAGAAUUUAUUCUCUCAGAUAUAUAAUCCAAAUAAUAUUCCGAGUUCCUACCCUCCUGAGCCACCAACCCGGCCCACCUUGUAUCCGUAUCCUACUAGAACCACCCUGUAUCCUCUACCCUACCCUACCCGGAGCACUGAGUAUCCAACAAGAUAUCCACCAAACCCAACCAGUUUCUACCAGGCAUAUACAACUGAGUCCUCUGCUCUACCUUACAGUUCACAAGUUACCAAUAAUCCGCUCUUUAUAGUAGGGAUGGUCUUACUGGCUGCUGUUUUUGUGAUUGGUAUUCCGGUUGUGCUUUUCGUCAGACAUCAAAACAGAGGAGGCACAUGGCGCGUUGGACUUCCGUCAGAAAACUGGUUUCUGCGCUCUCACCUGGAUCCGGCCUCAUCAGCUGAUUCAAGUAGACCCCCCUCAAGAACACUAGAGACCUCUCGUGGUAGAACUGGGACAGAAAAUGCGGGAAGAGAAUCCCCCAUUUCCAUUAGUUCGUUCCACUUGGCUCAAGUUACCUCAAGAUAAUGUUUGUAUUGUAAUUUGUGUACAAAACUAAAAUUUGCAUUUAUGUAUGUACACUGUACACUGUACACUGUACAGGGUAUCCCAAAAAUUUGGAACAUGAGUAAAUUGUCUUAAAUUUUUACAGUAAUCACAAAAGACUUUUUUACAACUCCUGACUAAAAAUGUGAUCUAAGCCUUACAAACUGGCAAAAUAUUGAACAUUUUGACAAUAUAUUAUGACAAAAAGAUAGGAGACAGUCUUAUAGUUGCCAAUCAAUUCCUAUUUGAACAUAAUUUCUUAGAACCAAUUUGUUCCCGCUUAUUUAUCUAUUAUCGAUCCAAUAAUUGCUCUCAAUCAGGGAGAAAAUGCAUUUUACCCUUCAUAAUUUAGUGGAUAUAAAAAUAAGAAAUUUAUCAGAAACAUUCUGACGCAAGCUCGAUUACAAAGAAACAUUAUUUAAAGUGAAUCUUAAUAUGGUUCUUGGGCCCCUUUUUGGUAAACUUUUAUCUUUAAAGGGAGUGUUCGCGAAAAAUGAAAGGGGGUAUAGGCUUAA